UCUAGCUGGCGGCGUAGAGACUAGUUUGCGGCUACACCCCGCGCUGGCUGGGAAUCCUGGGCUACUUGGUCUCAGAGGCUGGAGGCGCGCAUGCGGGGACGCGGGGCGGGAGCGGCAGGCUUCUGAACUCUGUCUUUGGUUUGUAGACGUCUCGUUCUCUUCCAGCCUUGCCGUAGGUCCGACAUGGAGCUCGCUAGCUCCGGCUCCAGCUUUCAGUCGGACCUGGAUUUCUGUCCGGAGUGCGGCUCCGUCCUGCCCCUGCCCGGCGCCCAGGACACGCUCGCCUGCACUCGCUGCGGCUUCCCCGUCAACGUGAGGGACUUGGAAGGAAAGGUUGUGAAGACCUCAGUCAUGUUCCACAAACUGGGAACAGCCUUUCCCGUGAGGGGGGAGGAAGGACAUGAGUUCCAGGGACCCGUGGUCGACAGGCGCUGCUCUCGAUGCGGCCACGAGGGAAUGACCUACCACACUCGACAGAUGCGCUCUGCGGAUGAGGGGCAGACUGUCUUCUACACUUGCACCAACUGCAAGUGGGUUCCUUCCCCACCUGCUCCCCUUCAUGGUCCAUUUGCUAAUGGAAAUCCAGUGAUGAGUGUUUUGUACUGAACACUUGUUUGUCUUUCUCUCAUCCCUAACAGGGAGAUUUGUGGCUUGUUUGUUUAUUCGGAGGCAAGGUUUUGUUCUGUUGUUCAGUCUGGUCUUGAACUCACUGUGUAGCUCAGGCUGGCCUCAGCCUCCAGAGUGCUGGACUGACAGGUGUGCCCCCACACCUGGCCCACUUCCUUUUUGGUACUGCUACUGGAGAUUGAACCCAGGACCUCAUAUCUGCUCCAUGCACUCUGCCAUUAACCUGCACACCUGCCAUUCUCCUUUAUUUAAUCUGUUUGAGAUAUGUUAGACUUUCUGAAGCUGAGAACUGAUUUAUUUUGCAUAAACCUUGUUGGAAGGGGGUUGGUUGUUCUUUCUUUUUUUCCCCUGGUGCUGGGGACCGAAAUCAUGACCUCGUGCUUGCUAAGCAGGAACUUACAUCACUGAGCUAAAUCCUUGUCAUAAUUUUUUUUUUUUUUCUUUUUUGGUACUGGGGAUCGAACUCAUGACCUAGUGCUUUCCAGGCUGGUGCUUAUGCUGCUAAGCUAAAUCCCGGGCUGUUUGUUUGUUUGUUGGUACUGGGGAUCAAACUCAUGAAGUGGAGCUUGCCAAGCAGGCACUUACUCUGCUGAGCUAAAUCCCUGGCCCUGAUUUUGCAUUAACCUUGGGAAAUUAUCUCAUUUAAUAUUGCCUGUCCCCCAUGUUCUCACUUCUCACCUUCUGAAGCUGUUAUUAGACCUUUUCCCUAAUCUUCCUAUUCUGUCACUUGUGUUUCGUAUUUUCGGUCUCAUUUCUCUUCCUACUGCUUUUUGGGGAAUUUCUCUAGAUCAUUUAUUGUUACAGUUUACGUCAAUUAUUAUUAGCAUUUCACUUUUUAUUUUUAUUUAUUUAUUUUUGUCUUUUUCCUUUUUAUUGGUACCAGGGAUCAAACUCACGACUGCCUGCUUGCAAGGCAGGCACUUAUGCUGCUGAGCUAAAUCCCCAGCCCUAGCAUUUCAUUUUUUAAAUCUCAUUUUAAGUAGUUCUCAAAUUCUUAAUUUGUAUUUAUUUAUUUAUUUUGGUAAUGGGGAUUGAACUCACAACCUGUAGUGCUUGCCAGGUAGGCGCUGUGCCACUGAGCUAUAUCCGUGGCCCCUAAAUCCUGAAUUUUGAAUUAUUCCUUUAAUUUUUAAAUGUAUAUUAAGUAAUUAACAUAUUUACAUUCUAUAUCCGUAAUUUUGAUCUAGUUUUUGUGGGUUUGAUGGUUCUGUCUGGCAUUUCUGCUGAUAUUCUGAUGGUGCUUUUAUCUGUUUUGUGAUUUUGUGUGUUUUGUUUUUUAAGCUUGAAGCACUAAUAGGCUGGAAUCACUUUAAAUUUUGGCUUUUCCUUUUUUAUUUAUUUAUUUUUUAAGCAGACAAACCCGAGUGCACAGUUAGAAAUUCUCAGGAAGCCAGGCAUAGUGGUGCACACCUGUAGCCUGGGCUACAGAGUGAGUUCAAGGCCCACCUGGACUACUUAGUGUGACUGUCUCAAAGAAUUUUUUAAAAAGGGAAUUCUCAGGGAAUCCUCUCCCUCUUCCUCCUGGGACAGUCAAAUUCCCUGCUAUAGAGUUGUUUUUUUUUUUUUUUUUUUUUUUUGUCUUUUUCCUUUUUAUGAGUACCGGGGAUCAAACUCACAACUACCUGCUCGCAAGGUAGGCACUUAUGCCACUGAGCUAAAUCCCAAGCCCCUUAGAGUUGGGUUUUUUUGUUCAGUUUUACACAGAAGAGUAGGCUCUGGGUGAAUGGUCCCAGCAGAUCAUCUGUCAGCCGUUGCAGUGACUGUCUUUGCUUCAUGUCGCCUGUGGCUGUCAAAAUAGCAUUAAAGUGGGGCUGGGGAUUUAGCUCAGCGGCAUAAGCCCCUGCCUUGCAAGCAGGCAGUCGUGAGUUCGAUCCCUGGUACCAAUACAAAACAAAAAAGACAAAAAAAAAAAAAAAAGCAUUAAAGUGCACUGUGGAAGUAGAUGGUGUUUUUUUUGUUUUGUUUUGUUUUUUUUGUUUUUUUUUUUUGUGCCGGAGAUCGAACUGGCAACCUAGUACUUGCCAGGCAGGCGCUUAUGCCACUGAGCUAAAUCCCCAGUGGAUGGUUCAUUUUUAACUUACCUGUCUGGGUUUACAUCAUUUUUAACCAGCAUGAAGGCUACCUUUUCUUUCUUGCCAUUCUAUCAAUAAAUUAAAAAUAUUUAUACUGAAAUUACUUUUCAAGAAUAUAUUUCUGCUGGGUGUGGUGGCGUAUGCCUUUAAUCCCAGUACUCUGGAGGCUGAGGCAGGAAGAUCUCUGAAAGUUCAAGGCCAGCUUAGGAUACAUAGGGAGACCCUGUCUAAAAAAAUAAAACAAACAACCCCAGAAACUCACACAAGCAAACACACAGAAUAAAUAUUUUCUUCAGA